CACUCCAGUGCCAGCUCUAUCCACCACAGCGUGCUCUCCAGGCCUCAGCUGUGCUGAGCAGCGUCUCCGAUGAGCGGAAGAAGGAGCCAUUAGCAUCUUCUUCUCAGCAUCAGUUUGAUUCACAUCCAGCCGAUCACCAGCCUGAGCAGGAACCUCAAGGCCCUCGCCCCAGUUACACUGGCCAGGGCGGCCAGGAGUCUGAGGAUUAUGAGAGUGAGGAGCAGCUGCAGCGUCGAAUCCUCACAGCAGCGCUGGAGUUUGUGCCUGAACAUGGCUGGACUGCAGAAGCCAUUGCAGAGGGAGCCAAGACCCUGGGUCUCUCUGUUGCUGCAGCAGGGAUGUUUCACAGUGAUGGCAGUGACCUGAUCCUGCACUUUGUGUCUGAGUGCAACACCAAGCUGUCUGAGCUGCUGGAGCAGGAACAAAAGCUAGUGCAGCUGGGCGAAGCUGAGAAGAAGCCUACAGAUCAACUCCUGAAAGAUGCUGUGGAAGCCAGACUGAGGAUGCUGAUUCCAUAUAUUCAGAAAUGGCCCCAGGCUCUGAGCAUCCUGUUGCUCCCGCGUAACAUCCCUUCCAGCCUUAACCUCCUCACCAGCAUGAUCGAUGAUAUCUGGCAGUAUGCUGGAGACCAGUCCACAGAUUUUAACUGGUACACCCGUCGAGCUGUGCUCACUGGCAUCUACAACACCACCGAACUGGUGAUGCUGCAGGAUUCAUCCCCUGACUUUGAGGAGACUUGGCGCUUCCUGGAAGACAGAGUAGCUGAUGCCAUGAGCAUGGGCAAUGCAGCUGAUCAGGUACGGUCAACAGGAGAAGCAGUUGUCCAGGGCCUGAUGGGAGCUGCACUUACUGUAAGUAAUGCAGGGCUGUAA